AAUACUCCUCAGCCACCAACCAUUACAGCAAAAGACAUCAAAAGGGAAAAAGAAAACACGCACGGACCCUUUCAUUCAGAACCUGGUCCGAUACGAUCCCUAUUGGCUGAGCACAAUAAACAAGUCGAACUCGGAAAAUCCAUACGAUCCAAACUCUUUUCUCCAGAAAUAUUGCUUAAAUCGAUUUGGAAACUGCAAUCUGCGUGAGAUGGACAAUGAUAAUGAUUUUACAUUUUGUCAGAUUAGCUCACCUUCAGACCAAGAAGAUCAUGAGACAAAGAAGCUUGUGUCGGAUGUUCGUGAUAUUACUAUAGGAGAUGAAUUCUCAAAUGGCAGCAAUAGUAGUCAGAGUAGUGGUUUUCUGUGGAAUGAAGCUCCAAAAAAUUCUGGCUCUAAGAGGCAGGAUAAAGUUGGUUCUCUGUCUUUCAAUGUUAUUGAUACAUCCUCUCCAAAACAGUCAAGUGAACAGUCAAGACCAGUAGCAUCAGGAGGCACUGGAGAUUCUGUCAACAAAAUCCAGGAACGGACUGUUGCAAGGAAGCCUGCACCUCGAGCCAAGGUUCCUUUUGAGAAAGGAUAUAGCCAAAUGGACUGGCUUAAGCUUACGCGAACACAUCCUGACCUUGCAGAUUUAAAGGGACAGUCAAAUAAGAGGCUCAUUUCCAUGAAUGAAGUUAAACAACAUCAGAAAGAAGGUUCCAUGUGGACUGUAUUAAAGGGUCGUGUGUACAAUAUAUCCCCAUACAUGAGAUUUCAUCCUGGAGGUGUUGAUAUGCUGAUGCAGGCAGUGGGAAAAGACUGUACAUCCUUAUUCAAUAAAUACCAUGCUUGGGUGAAUGCUGAAUUUUUACUAGAGAAGUGCCUUGUGGGUACUUUAGAUGAUAGCAAGUGAAGAGCAGCAAUAAUGGGGGUAAUAAAGAGGUGGUUCUAGGCCCCAUUCAUAAUCAUAGCAGAUUGGCACAGAUAUUGCAUUUGAUGUAUGAGAUUAUUGUUACUGUGAAAUGAUACCCCCUUUCAUGGUAGGGUUAUAUUUACCAUACCAUUUGGAAAUUAUUUUACUUGGGCAUGUAUUUUCCACAAAGUUUCUUUGGGAAUCAUGCUGAAUACGUCAGUAUUUUCUCUAAUAAAAGUUCAGAAAUGUUCUAACA